UACUGCACGUCUCGUAUCAGAGGGGUUUGCACUCAUAGAGGAGAUUGGAUCUGGAGAAUCACACGGUAACCAGGCGCCACCGACACAACAAAAUGAUCCCACCAACAUCGACCCCGAUGAAGUUGAGGAACCCGUUCAAGUAGUGCGGGCGUGGCUUUGCGAACCUCUUGCCGUCGAUGCAGUAAUGUUACAUCUCCGGACGACAAAGGUUUACGACAGAAUGAUGAACGAUUUUUUCUCAGCCAGCAGCCAGCUUGAUAAUGGUACUCAAGCUGUACUUGGGAAGAUUGCAGAGUUCAACCUCACCAGCAAGCUCGACAACUUUCUGUCACAGGACAACAUCAAUGCCAGUCCGCCCGACAACAUCAGUGCUAGUCGACGAGCCAAAUUCUUCGAAGCCUUGGAAAUGCGGAAGAGAGGCAAUGUCGUCUCAAAUUCCGGUAAGGAUGAAAUUGUUCUAGUCGACGACCAAAAGCGUUAUGACAGCUACUAUCUCUACACGCGCCAAAACCGAGCAGACACACUUGAAGCUACUAGUCAAGAGCUGCCUAGUCGAUCCAUUUCUGUCGAUGAAUGGCUCUGGGGGGUUGAAAACGGAACCCACACAACUUUCCUGUUUCCUGGCAACUUAGGGGGACCAGACUUGAUGUUUGUUCUCACAAAUGACCAAAAUGAAAAAGUGCUCAUUGUAAUACAGUUCAAGGUAAAGGUAUCCGGACACCAGCCCGCCCAACUCAAAGACGUGCUCAAGAAAUUGACACAAGGGGAUUGGCUUGACAAACAACAUUUCAAGGGAGACAUAGUUUUCAUCUAUGUCGCUCCGUACUCAACAAUCAUAUCACAGGAAUUUGAAUGUAUUGUCAAGACCAGUGUCGGCAAUCUUAUCGAGAGGAAUUGCUCCAUCGACCGGUACUAUUUUUGUUACAUUGACAAGACAGACUCGGCAAACGUCUGGGGUCAUACACUAGACAAAUUGAUUGUACUAAUAAAAGGUAAAUGGGAGGAAGAUGGUCAGGGAAUUAAAAGAGCAGCUGAAGAUGAUGUCAACUCAGAUGCUGAUGUGAGCCAUAGAUCGCGGAGAGUGGCUAGGGCGCGAGGAGGAGGCAGGUCGCGAGGAGCUAGAUCGGGGAGAGGAACUAAGUAGCUACGCGACUUAUAGUAGUAGAGCAGUAAAGUAAUCUACUAGAUUGUACAA